AUGUACGAUCGCAUACUGACAGAUGGAGACAUUCUGCAACACAGAGGAAGUUGGCGGGACGAACUCCGGAGAAACGAUGAUGCAGGACGGGGGUCUGAGAUCAUCCCUGCGUGUUUCAUGUCCACUCAUGAAGGUUUUCUGGGAAGCAUCAAAACGUUUGUCAGAGACUUUGUGGUGACUGAGAUUGACGUCACAGGACAGCAGGUCAGUGCAGCAUCUCCACAAACCUCAAAAAGCUUCACUGACAUGGCCAGAGAACCAGGAUGGAAGCAGGACGCAUCAGUGUCCUCAGGACGACACCCUGCCAGACUGGGAAGUCUCGAUCUGAGUGUCGUUUUAGGUCAGUCGGUCAACGAGGAGCUCGAGCAGUUCGCCGGGACUCUCAAAGGUGAAAACGACGAGGCCGAAAAGCUCAGCAAACUGGAGUUUUCUCUGGGCUUUUUCCCUGACAAACACCAGAGAGCGAAUGUCCACCGUGCAAUCAGGCAGCGCUUCCCCUUUCUCAUGACGGUGACAGCUCAGCCUGAGAUCAGGGUGAGAGAAGAUCCGGAUUACAGAGAGCUGUCCCUUGUCACCCAUGAUGAAGCAGAGGACUUUUUCAGGUUCAUAGAUGCCAAAGCUCAAGGUUCUUCGUUUGCAUUUCGACCUGAUGAUGAUAAGGAGCACCGGACGGCUGUUCACCACUUCAUCAGCAGGAGGUUUGGUAAGCUGGUGGAGACCAAAAGCUUCGUGGAUCAGGGCGUGACACAGAUUUCAGUGAGGCUGAGACAGCGAGGGAGGCCGAAGAAAAGGACCAUGGACGACCAGAAGGAGGAAGAUAUUUACACCGCUUUCACUCUGUGUAAAGAGAACUUGGAGACUCUGGAGGCCAUCACCUACAUGGCUGCAGCGCUUGGUGUCCUACCAUCAGAUUUCACAUAUGCUGGCAUCAAGGAUAAGAGAGCGAUCACCUACCAAUCCAUGGUGGUCAAGAAGGUCUCACCUCAACGGUUAAAACAGAAGACGGCCGAGUUUGAGAAGCGAGGGAUGCACCUAUCCCGUCGCUCUGUCAGAGAGCCGCUCCGACUUGGACAUCUGCAGGGGAACCACUUUGACCUGGUGGUCCGUGACCUGAGACCACAUGGAGUCAGUGAUACGUCGCGUUCUGGUGCAGAGCAGCAGUCUCAUGUGGCAGCACUGGUCGAGGAAGCAGCUGAGAACGUCAAGGUACGGUUAGGUUGUCACUACUACGGACUGCAGAGGUUUGGGAGCGGGCAGAGCAUUCAGUCUGACAGCAUAGGUCUAGCUCUGCUCAAAGAGGACAUGGUGAAUGCUGUGCGGCUCUUCUUCACUCCAGAGGAAGGCGAUGAUCCUCACAGCCAAGCGAAGAGACACUUCCUCCAAACAGAUAAUGCCAAGGAGGCUUUGGCGUUGAUGCCCAUGUAUAAGGCGAGGGAGCGGCUGAUGCUGCGAGCUCUGAACCGCUACGGUACCGGUCCAGAUGGCUGCACACAAGCUUGGCUCAGCCUGCCACACAGCAUGCGUGUGUUCUACCCUCACGCCUACUGCAGCAGGGUGUGGAACGAGGCAGCGGUGCACCGGCUGACCACUCUGGGCCAUCGUGUCAGGAAAGGAGACUUGGUGUCCUUGCAGACUAAAGUGGAAGACACUGGAGACUCCAGCUCUGCUCAGAUCCAUGUGGUGACUGACCAAGAGGAGCGAGAGGGCGUGUACAACCUGAGACAAGUGUUGCUACCGAUGCCAGGAAAUACUGUGGCGUAUCCAGAAAACGUCAUGGGGGCAUGGUAUCGAGACAGACUGGCCAGAGAUGGACUGGGCAACUGUCGUUUUAGAGUCGGCAAUCUAAAACUUAACCUGCCUGGCUGCUACCGCCCCCUGCUGGCAUUCCCAAGGAGCCUCCGUUACCAGCUACGGAUGGCCGGCGAUGUAGAAGAGCGACAAGGUGGAGCAACGGAAAACGACAGCAGAGAUGCAACAUUACAGUCGAAACAGGACUCGGAUGCACAUUCGCUCACUCUCAUUUUAAACUUUGACCUGGACUCUUCCUGCUACGCCACCAUCUGCCUCAGAGAGAUUAUGAAAUGUGACCCCUAGAGGACAGGAGGCCACAUGGUCAAAAACUCCAGAGGAGCAAACAUUGUUUUUGUUUUGUUUUUUAAUUAGUGUUACAUUAGUUAUGUUUUAUUAUCUACUUGACAGUUUUGUAUGAUGUUUUGCAACAUGGAUGAAUUUUUAAUAUUUGUUAGUGUAAUGCCCAUAUAGAUCCACUAGGUGGAGACAACACAUAAGGAUAUGAAAUAUUUCACAGGUUAAACUUCAUCAUUUUAGUGUUAAUAUUUAACUUGCAGUUGAAUAAGUUGGUGCAAUAAUUUAAUUGCUUAUCUUGAGAAAAAAAGCUGUACCAUAUUAGAAAAUGUAAUUUUAUUUUACCUGUUUAUGCCACACUUCUAAUGUGAAACUAAAUGCAUCCUGCCAGUUUAUACGAUCCAGUCAAGGAAAAGAGAUGAAGUUGUAUUCCAGUGAGAAUGGCAUUUUGAGAAGCAGUAUAAAAUAUAAUGAAGUAUAAAA